CGACGCCACACUCUUUAAUUCUUUUUUUUGCUUAUGCAAUUUGCAUUGACCCUCGAUUGUAGAUUUGUGCUUGAAUGAAGGCGCUUGGACAAAAAAAGUACUGUAAUUUCUGAAUAAACAUAACUCGGGGUUAGUCAAUCACGCGAAUGCCUGCUGCAUUUCCGCUUCCGGUUAAGUGGAAAGACGCAUUUUUUGGCGUGGCUUUAGCCUCGUUCUGAAAGAAAUAUCGAGCAGGACCAUGUUGACUGAAGGUCGGAUUACGAGGAGAGUGAUUUUGUAGAGGGAAACGGAGAAAAUCACCAUGCCUUUGGCAUAUUUAGCUGACCCUUGGCAGAAAAUGAAAGUGGAAGAGGAGAUGGAGGUGAAUUUCUUCAAAUUCUGCUGUAGCUUCCCCAAAUUUUUCAAUUUCGAAUGAAAGUUUGAAGCUCACUCGAAUUUUUUCAAAUUUCCGUUUUCUCAGGUCGCAGACGAAGAAAUGACCGACGUAAAUAAAAACGGAGUAAGCUGGUUUCUGCCCAUAUUGCCGACUAUCUUGUCAAGCUUAUGUGUUUAGUUCAUAAAUUUCAAUCCUGAAUUGACUGAAAUUUCUUCUGUGCAUAGCCUGUCGAAGAAGAGACAUCGUCCCUCAUCGAUGUAUCUGAGGAAGUCGUCAACUCAAAAGCCUGUCUGAAGGCAGACCCGUCACAAUUUGAGCUACUCAAAGUCCUAGGACAAGGCUCUUUUGGCAAGGUAAUUUCGUAUAACUCAAUUUUAUUUGCAGCUGUAUUUUUUAGUGGUUUUUUUAGGGUAACUGUUGUUGAAGCGCGUUUGAUCAUUCGCGCCAUUACUUAGCGAGUGGCGGCAAUCUACAAGGCUUUAUUGACCUUCUCGCGCUUUAAAUUAUCUUUAUUCAUUGUUGCCUUUACUGUUUAUACACUCCUGCAGUUUAACCAUUAUUCAUCAUUAUGUUAAAUGGGGGGAAAACGUUUUAUUACUACUAUCUGUUUAGUUAUUAAACCGCCUUCUUUCAGGUAUUCUUGGUGCGCAAAUUAACUGAUACGGACCGAGGAAAUCUGUACGCAAUGAAAGUUCUCAAAAAGGCGACCUUGAAAGGUAACUUAAGCUGGUUAAAAAUUAUGUUUGUUGUUGCUCGUGAAUGUUUGGUCGCCCUGAGAUUUUCAAGAUGUUUUUACGUCAAAGUUCAAACUGUGGAAAACAACUAUCUUUAUCUUGGGGUUUAAAGAACAGGUUGAAAAUUUAAGCUUAUUUGCGUGAGAAGAAGCUGAAAUGUACAAAGUUGAUAUUGAUUUUAAUAGGCCCUGUCUUCGACUGUGACCGGCUUUUGGUCGAUAAAUAUCUUUCGGAGUUCUAGUGUCCGUAGAAAUGUAGAUUUUCGAAAUGUAGCUAAAUAUGCGUUAAGUUAUCUAAGCUUAUAUUUUAUCACAAAUUAGAUUUUCAAUAUCUGUUGAGUUAUUAUCUCUGUAAUAUUGGGUAUUUUGACUUAAUGCCCUUUCUGUAUGCGCAUUUAUUUUAUGGUUGUUGCUCUUUUUCUUCUUGUAGUUCGUGAUCGAUUAAGAACGAAAAAAGAAAGGGAUAUUCUUGUGGAUGUUCAACAUCCAUUCAUAGUUAAACUUCGCUAUGGUGAGGCUGGUUUUCAAAUUUUAUGUUGUUUUACAUUCCCCUCUCUGACAACUCGUUUGCUCUUGACCUUACUAGAGUAAAACUCUGAUGUAAAUUUAAUUCCUUUUAUUGUGAUCCUGAUUAGAUCUUGUAAUGACAACACUAACAUUUGUAUAUUGUACCGUAUUAUAAAGCAACUUGAAAAUCUUAUAAGCAGCUAUAGUUGGGAAAGUCGUAGAGAGGAAUGCUUCUUGUCAACCACGUCACAUGUAGCUCUUGCUUUUUUUCCCUGUGAAAUUGCCAUUUACUUGUAUUAUAAUAUCCUAAUUCAAUAAUAUAUUGGGAGUUACUAUGUAGUGGCUUUUUGAAGGCAACCUUUUAAAGUAUUCGUAGAAUUCAUAGGUAAAUUCCAUCCAGCAGCUUGGGAGCAAAGUGGUUUUAAAAGGAAAAAAAAAGUACUCUGGCAUUUGCUUUCUGGAGUAAUUCAAAUGAGAAAAUGAAACAGCUUUACCCUGAGAUUUAAAACACUUAAAAAUCUAACAGAAUUCUUUUUUUUUCAAAUGGAAAUUCCUUAAGCAGAGUGGCGUAAAAGUUAUUUUACUGGCACUUAAGAGCUGUUGUCAUUGGCUAAUAAAACACUGUUCAACAGCAACUUAGCUCUCCAAAAUUUAGAACUACAGCACUGAGUAAAUAAUAAAAGGUGAAUGCAAUGAGGCCCUUAGCAACUCCUGAUCAGAGUUCAAAUUUCCUUUUAGCAUACACAAAGCAAAUUUGAAUGAGUAUUUAACAGUUUAUCAUGUCACUUACACUUAUUGAUCGUUGACAUCUAAGUGUUACUUUGUUUAUUUCAAUGUUAGCUUUCCAAACAGAAGGCAAAGUGUACCUUAUACUUGAUUUUCUAAGAGGAGGAGAUUUAUUUACAAGACUUUCGAAAGAGGUGAGUAACAUACAUGUACAUGUAAUACUUUGUAAGCCUUUAUAGUUUACCUCGCGCCACCACGCUCUUUAUUAUUUACUUCAUGCUGGUAUUGAUUUUGUGUAAUGUUCACCUUCAAGUAAGUUGUCAUGAAUAAAUUAAUGAAUGGAUGAAUGAAUGAAUAAAAAUAAUUUUGUAAAUGAGUUGAUUAAAGAUGUUCCCUCUUUACAUUCUACGGUAACAUGUUAACAUUAAGCUUCGAUGUCUGCACACAAUAGCACCACUGGCGGUUGCUAUCAGUCCGUUUAUGAUCUUACUGUUACUGACCCUUGCCAUGAGGUGAAUGAGAUGUAUUAGUUAGACCACACCAGGGCUCAAAGUUUAAAUUUGAGUUGGCGAGCGCUUGUGCUACCAGAUGUAAAUUUUUAGGCGCACAGCUAAAAAUUCUAGGAGCACAGCUUACAAUGUUGGGAGCAUCUAUUUCAAAAGAAGAAGUGCCACUUUAUAUGUGAUUUUACUGUUAUUUCAGUCCUGUGAUUGAUAAAACACAGCCAAUUUGCUACGCAGUAAUACCAUCGGGAUUUUUAAUACUAAUUUCUCUUUUUGACAGUACAGUUGUGACUAAAGAAAACCUACACUUGAAAAAAAUUCAAAACAAAAAAAGAGUACCUCAAACAAGUAUGAAAAUUUGUCUUCAAUGAAUUUGUUAAAAGCGCAAUGACUUACAUGUAACUGAAAUAUGAGUUAAAAACUUUCUUCCCUGAUUAAAAAAAAAGGCUUUUAAUCCGCGCUGUUUUUGUUUGGAUUGACGUUGGGAGAAAGGACGGAAAGGAAGACAAUGUAACUUAGAGCCUGGUUGCGUUUUACUUUCAUUGCUUGAAGCUACUGUUUAGCGUCUUUCUAGUUUGAGUACGUAAGUAUGGUCGGAAGCAGGCCAGUUGCACUUUGCUUUGGGUUUUAUGGUGCACAGGUGCGAUUACACAUGGAUUUUUAGGCACACAACCAAAAAUCCAGUGGCAUAUGUGACCAGUUAGUCGUCAACUUUGAGCCCUGCACACCAUUGGGAAAUGUCCCCUUCUCUUUUGAGACAGUAGUGUGGAUUCCUUUACGUCCCCUUCGAUUUGACCAUGAAGUUGUCAUGCUAUCCCAUGCACUUGAUAUGCUGCUGCUCCUCAUAUAAAUAAUUAUAGUAUUAUAUAGUUGUUUUGAAAAAUGUGGAUCAAAAUGAGUUAUUAUAAAAAAACUGCAUGUUGAAUUAAUUCCUGUGAUAUUUUAUUUUACCGGGUUCUCAUUAAGUUUUAAAGUAGACAGCUAGGAUGUGAAAGCAGCUGGCUUGGCAAUCAAGUGUUGUAGGCAAUUUGAGGCUUUCUCUCCUUCACUUUUCCCAUUUGCGCUCCAAAGUAGGUGGCCGGUUUUUUGGCCGGUUGCGGGCACUUAAUGAGAACCCUGUAUUUAAUUUUUGGAUUGUGUAACCAGUAAUCUGUUACCAUGUCACCAUAUGAUGACCAUGUUAUUGAGAGAUGAAUCAUCAAUCUAGCUUUUGAUUCUGUGCGCAAAAUCCUAUUGAGUUAAUAUUGAAAUGAAUAAUGUCCUCAACAGAUCUUUUGCAUGGUUCUAUUAAUUGAAUAGGAUUUUUACAAAAGCAGGGUGCAAAGAAAAUCAUUUUUACACCUUGCCAUUUGGGCAAGCUGAAGCUAGCAUUUACUAGCCCAGACGUCAUUUCAACUAGCCCCAAAAGUUUUUCGUCGAGCAGAAUUGAUUUCACACUUCUUCUGUUUUUCGAAUUCCUCAAAGAACAUCACUUGCCCGUCGGGCAAGUUAAAAACAGAUUUCACAAACCUGAUAGCAAAAUCCACUAGCCCCGGGCUAUCGGACAAUACUUUCUUUGCACACUGAAAAGAAGUAAUUUGAAAGAUUUGGAAUUUUUGCCUUUAUGGCCAAUAUGGCGAAUAAUAGGCUUAAUCUAACAAUAUUAAUUGAAUAAUAUUACUAUUAAGUUUGUGUAAUCCUUUUGCUUUACUGUUUGGAUACAAACCAAGUGCUUAAUACAUUUUCUCGGCAGAUAAUGUUUACAGAAGAAGAUGUAAAAUUUUACCUUGCCGAGUUAGCAUUAGCACUGGAUCAUCUUCACAAAAUAGGAAUUAUUUAUAGAGACCUCAAACCAGAAAAGUAUGUUAUGCAUAACAUUUCCUGAAAUAGUUCACAAAUAUUUGAUGUGGUUCAAAUAAUUUUUUUUGGUUUAAAAUUAGCAAAACUACUUUAAAAUAAUAUUGUCGUUUUCCUUUGUUUUUAAUAGAUUGAUAUGAACUUAAGCAAAAACCAAAGUGGUUUGAAAUCCUUAAACCAAAGAAUAAUAAUUGAACCGCUACAUAUUAUUAUAAAUUAACUUGCCAAGUUGUUUCCUAUUUUGAGCACUACUUUUAGGUUUUUGAAUAAAUUGGUUAGCAACUAAACCUAUAUGUACAUGUAUGUUGUCCAAAGCAACAAUUUGCCUGUGGUCUAAACCUCUUAUUUUUUGGAUUACCUUGAACUGUGGUGAGCAGUUAAUAAUUUUAAUUAAGAGUUUAGGCAUUGUUUUUAUUCAUGAGUCUUUGUUUCCCAUGUGGAACAUUGAUUAAGUGAGUUAAUAUUUUGAGUCUGGUAUAUUAUUAUAUGUGUGUUGACCAUAAUUAACUUGGUUGCUUGGUGAUGAUACAUGUAUUCAGAAAAGGAUUUGCUAAAAAUAACCAGCCAUUCUAAAAUUUAAAAAUAUUUAAUAAUGUGCAGUUGGUCACUUGCCAAAUUAAUUUUAAAUCUCAGGGUGGCAAAUUAGUUGCCAUUAUAUAUAUUCACCAUGGCUAACAAAAUGAUUACAGCCUAGGCCAAUUUUGCCUAUAUUAGGGUCUUGAUCAUGUACAAAAUAAAUGUAAGCUGAUUAAGGGAUCUUGUAUUUAAUGUUUAAAAAAUAGAUGAUGCAUGUAGACAGAAUUGAAACAUUUUGUCUCUGCAAUAUAGUUGAUGAAUAUACACACACCAUCAUAACAAUCCAAAACUCUUUCUAAGUAUCCAAGUACAAUAUGAGGCACCUCAAACUUUUCAACACGAUUUCUUUCAACUUGAUAAACUGAAAAUUAAGCAAUGUUAAAUACCUGGCUAUAAGGUGCAAUCUAAAAUUAUACAGUUGAUAGCUUUCUGUAUUUUUUUAGUCUACAUCUACUUUAUAUUUUAGUUAUUGUAAAGCAGUAUCAAACAUCAUCACAUCAAUAUAAAAUGUAUAGCAUUGAAUUCAGUAUUAUACCGGAAAUAGAUAGAAUGUUGCACUCAACCUUUCUUUUUUAAUUCUUAAUCUUUGACUUUUUUUUCAGUAUUUUACUAGAUGCUUCUGGCCACGUCACACUCACAGGUUUGUGUCUUUUAACACCCAGAUUAAACUGUACAUUUAGACAGCUUGAAUUAAAUUAACCCUUCAAUGGUGUAAGACUUGCCAUGCAAAAGUUGUUUUCAGAAAGUGUAGACACCCUUGUCUUCUUCUACUUGAUCUGUUUUUUUUUAAUGAUACAUACACUAUCUGCUUGCUUAUUAUUAAAUUUUGUUUUUGAUAUUUUCUUUGUGUGUGGCUUAGAUUUUGGGCUUUCAAAAGAGUCUGAAUAUGACCAGAAGACUUAUUCAUUCUGUGGAACAGUGGAGUAUAUGGCCCCGGAGGUAAGUCACAUAUUUCUUGGAAAUUUAAGAGGAAGGUGAUAAAACUUGAGUAGGUGGCAGUAAAGUAGAUUGAAAGGUGUAGAGUGCUUUCCAUGUGGCACACCCAUGUGUGGGGGUACUGCGGGUAGGGGAAGUGGGGGCCACCCUCUUUUCCCAUCAUGGAAUUUCAAUUAUUUAGUUAGCCUUAAAAUGCAUUCCAGAACAAACGGUUAUGAGUAUGGUGCCGUUAUUUAUUCACAUUUGCUUUAUUUUAUGUCCUAAUAAUAAUAAUGAUGUUUUUAUUGAACAAAAACGUUGAGAAACAAGAAUUAAUAUCAUCAUAUACAUGUAGUGUAAUAUGAAGGAUUUAUUGUUACACUUUAAAAGAUUUUUUGGUGAGUAGGUGGUUCUUCUGUUACAACAAGUUUUUUCUGGAUCAUUGGAGCUUCAGGGGAAUAAGAGUGUCUUAUGAGCUCAGUGAAUAUUCUUCAAUGUACAUGUGUACCUGUAAACAUUUGCAACAGCGAGUCAAAGGGUGUGGAGAUUUUUAUGCCCAACAGAUUUCCCAAGAUGUUCAAAGUUUUUUUAAAUACAUUGCAAGGGAUGACAAAAUUUUUACUUCUCUUGGAGUGUGCUUUUCAUAAUGAGAAUUGAAGUUCAAGAUUAUUUUGUAGGCAUGAAUAUAAGACCCAAGGUGGUUGACUACAGUAAGAACCCGCAUGUAAAAACCUAGAAUUUUUGAGGUCAGGCUGAACAGGUUCUUAUAUUUUGGGGUAUUUUUCCAAUAACAGGCUGAUUAAGUUCUUAGUAGGUUCUCAUUUGCAAAAGUUAUUAUAGUGAUAGCAUUCGGGGAUCUGCAAUAGUACUAAUGUGCUAUAAUUGUAAAGCAUUUACAAAAAUGUCAAGCCUUGUUGUUGAAACAAGUCCUGUAUCAUGGGCCUGGAGUGUUUUUUUUAUGUAAGAACCUAUUUUUCUUUGUCAGGCUAAAUAGGUUCUUAUAUUUUUGGGUAUUAAAAUGCAAAAUUUGAGCCUGUAGGUUUUUAAAUCACUAGGUUCUUAUACGCGGGUUUUUACUGUAGUACAAGAGUUGAGAGGACCAUAAGAAAGUUACAUUCUUUGAAAUGUAAGUUACUCAUGAAUGUUCAAUUUAUUGUAGGUUGUAAACAGAAGAGGCCACUCACAAGCAGCAGACUGGUGGUCAUAUGGAGUUCUCAUGGUAUGAAAAAUGCUUUUUUAUGUACAGUUUAACCCUUUAAGCCCCAAUAUCCACUUACAAAUUCUCCAAACUGAUCUCUAUAUAUUUCCUUCAAGAAUGAGUUGAGAGAAUUUGAUAAAAGAUCAAGCGAUUUUCUCUUAGGUGAUCAUUUUAUUAAUUCUCAUAACGUAGUCUCUUGACAAUGUAUGGAUAUCGUUGGGAGAAAAUUGAUGAUGUUCACUAUUGGGACUUAAAGGGUUAAGUCACAAUAGAUGACACUAUUAUGUCAUUUUACCAUAUAGAACGUGCAAGAGAACGUGCGCAAAAUACCAGGCUGUAAUACACUGUUGUUGUGUCCUGGUUUAACCAGUUUACAACAGGGUGAAUACCGGCAGAUGCAGGAGGAGCAACUAUGGCUGAACUCGAUGAACUGGCGGACGAACCUAAUUUGACUUGUUUGGGCCCUUUGGACUUGACUUUUUUACUGACGAUGAACUUUUAUUGACUAAACUGACUUAACUGAACAGACAGAACAAACAGAAAUUGGACAACUCAAUGAUGAAGACAUUGACAAUUUUAUUACUGAAAACUGAAACAAAAACACAACUAAGAAGACAGAAAGUGACCUUAACCUAUUUUACAGCUGGGCAAAAACUUUUAGCAAAACAGGAACUCUUGAAAACAUAUAUCAGAGCAAGAACUUGACAAACUUUUAGCUCACUUUGUUUUAAACAUAGGUAAGCAAAACGGGGACAAAUAUGAACCUAACACAUUGACGUCUCUGUUACAGAGUUUCGACCAUUUAUUGGGGGAAAAAGAAAAAACAUUACAGUAUACUCACUGACAGACAGUUUGCGAAGGCUAGAGAAGCUCUCUUGCAAACAAAAGCAGCUUCGCCAUGCUGGCAAAGGGCAAGAGCCAAACAAAGUGCUUGGACUAAGUGAAACUUAGUUUCAGAACCUGUGGGAUGAGAAGCAACUAGGAUGCCACUCACCACAUUACAAAACCUUUUUUCACAUACAGUAUGGUUUAACAACACCAUGUUAUUUACAGCUCUUUUUGACCCAGCAUUUGUUUAGGAUCAGGUGUUGACUGUUCUACCAUGUCUUGGAAAACUGCGAUGUCAAAAUCUUUUCAUUAGAACCAAAAAUAUUAUAGUUUUCGCUUUUGUAAAUUUUCAGUAUGAGAUGCUGACUGGAGCUCUGCCAUUUCAAGGCAAAGACAGAAAAGAUACAAUGAACAUGAUCUUAAAGUGAGUAAAAUAUAUGCUUUGCAUUGGUGGGGAAAAAAGCAAGUGUAAUCUAACUGAUGAGUUGUAACCAAAUCUUUUUUUGGUAACGACAGGGCCAAGCUUGGCAUGCCACAAUUUCUGUCACAGGAUGCCCAAAGUUUACUAAGACUGCUUUUCAAGCGAAACCCUGCAAAUAGAUUAGGUAAGUAUAAGUAAGUAAAAACCUAUAAAACUGAAGAAAUUCUUCUACAAAAUAUGACUGGGGUCGAAGUGCUUGCUAACUAAUAUUUGAUCAUAUUAUUAAUAUUUAACUAUUGAGCUACACUGUAGCUUGAAUUGAAUCUUCAUUGUCUUUGCUGCCAGUUACUUUUGCAUGGGCUUUCCUUUCACUAGAUAUUUACUAUGCUUGAAGUGUCAUGUCAAAAAGUAUGAACAAAACUGUUGGUAAAAUCAAAGUUUUUAUAACAUUUAACAAUAUUUAUCAGUAGAAGUAGGCGGGGAGACCAAAACCUUUUCAUAUUCUUUGCCUUGUCUGAGCCAAAUCGAAAGCUCUUUCUCCCAGAAUAAUUGUCAUUGCUUAUUUUAGUUAUGCUUUGGGAGAUGUACUUGGUAUGUGCAUUUAAGCUAUAUUAUGCAAAAGGCGUCAUUUUCUGUCAUAAGUUAGGAGUUCACAGGUGUUAUCAGUCUUCUUAUGUGGCAUGCACAGUGUGGGUUUUCAGCGGUCAGCUACUUUAAUGGAGCUGGUUAAACAUUAAUUCCUACAUCUGAUGUUUUCUUAGGUUUUGGUGAGAAUGGUAUAGAAGAUAUCAAAACUCACCGGUUCUUUAAAUCCAUCGACUGGGAGGUAUGUUGUGUUCCAUCAGUCUUACUUUUUUUAUGUGUAAUUUUAAAAAAUAGUGCAGAAAGGUCAUUGAUGUACAUGUAACAAAAAAGUGCAAUAUUGGGCAAACCACUCUGUACAUGGAUGUUUAGUACAUUUUUAGGUUUGAGUGACAAGUCACUGCAUGCAACCUGACAUUGGGACUGGUUAAAGCAGCAAUCUGUGCUGUGUGCAUUGAACCAUGAUUUUGUGAAGCUCUUCUUCUCUGUGACUUAUGUAAUUUGUGUGACUAGAAAUUUUUUCAUUUCUAUAUGACAGAAAUUAUUCAAAAAAGAGCUCAAACCGCCAUUCAAGCCUGCUGCUGGAAGAGCAGAUGAUGCAUUUUAUUUUGAUCCUGAAUUCACUUCCAAGACACCUCAAGGUACAUUUUGUUUACCUGUUAUUAUUUACUGUUGGCCAAUUAACUUACUGAUAAAUUGAAAACCACUAAUUGUGACAAGACAAGCCUGCAAUCCUGAUCUCCAGGGUUCUAUCACACAUGCUUGCUUGACACAUAUGUAGUCAGCAUUCGUUUGGACUGCCAUUUAAAAUGAAUGUAAUGUAUACAAUGCGAUCCGAUGAUGUGCCUUUGUAAGUUCUUUAAAUUGUAAUAUGAUCAUGUGCAUUUUAACUGUCUAAUCACACACAACUUUCGCAAAGCAUCAGUGUUGGAGCAAGAGCGUUUUAUCCUCUGAAACCUCGCCCACACUCCCUAACAGAUGGUUAUUACUACCUUAUUGGUAAUUAAUUUCAUGUGUCUUUAAUUUCUUGUUUCCUGCAAUUGUAAAAAAAUCUCAAAAUUAAAGACCCUGUGAAAUUUAAUACACUUAUAGAAAAUUCAAAUAACAGUUGACAUGUAAUAGCAAUGAUACAAAAAUGUACUUAUCGACAAACACAAAUUGCUUUCUGGUUUUACUGGUAAGCUCCAUUUUGUAUCCUCUGUUGUGAAAUGACCUUAGUUUGCAAAGAUUUCAAACAUUUCUUGUUCGAGUUUAUCUAAUUUUCCUAAAGGUUUAGACUUUUAAAUGAUGUUGAGAACACUUAAGUCAUGAAAUUUAAUUCUCUAUUUUUAUGUUUACUUGUUAAAAUUGCGAGAACAAAACCCCAUGAAAUACUGUCUUGCCAAAACCGUGAAAUUAAGUACCUGCAAAAUUAAGAACCAAUAAUAGGUAGUCUAUAACUGUUAAAACUUCAGGGAAUUUGCUCUUUCAGUUGUUUUAACCUACCCCUUCAUGGAUGAUUCCUGUUUGGUAUUAAUCUUGAGAAUUUGACCCACAUUACUACCAUACCGGACUUGAGUAGUCAACUACAUGUACAUACAUGUAACUUUGUAUAUUGCAGUAAACUAAAGCCCUUUCAAUCUAAACUUGCUCACCUCAAACUUUCCCUAAUGCAAACUAAUACUAUUCUACUUUCCUUUAUAAGAAAAUCUUCAUUUUCUGGUUGGUUUGUCUAGAUUCUCCCGCUGUCCCUCCCAGUGCCACUUGUCACCAGCUGUUCAGAGGAUUUAGUUUUGUAGACCCAUCACUUGUAGAAGUAAGUAAAGUGUUGCAUGAUUGUUUGACAACAACAGCAAUUACAGCAACAACAACAGCCUUUAUUGCAUCAAGAGAAAUUGUACAUUUUAUGAUAGCUUAUGGUAAGGAAAAAAUGCGGUUACCAAAAAAAUUGAUGAAUGAGGUUAUUAUUAAGCACUUUGUCUGAGGGAAAUUUCUUCUCACAUACUGACUACAGAAUUUGUGGAUUUUGGAGGCUGUAAUUUAGAAUCAGGAUCAAAAGCCAGCCUAGUACUCAACUUGGGUAGUUUUGGAGCUGACUAGAUUUUUUGGGGGAAAUCUCUAGGGGUAAAUGGUUUAAUGCAUGUAGCUAAUGAUGUUGUUUUAUUGAAACAGGAAGAACAAUCACAAUUGACAUCCAAUGGAUCAGACAAAAUGGAGACAGACCACAAAGUAGGUGUUCUGCUAGUUUUGGAUCAAUGUUUUCACUUAGUCUGUGUCCUUAAGACAACUUUAAGUUAAUUUUAUUUUUAUCAUUGGAGUAAAUGUUUUAUGUUACAAAAGUAUACCCACCACUGUCCUUUCUAUAUUUGUUAUUAGGGAUGUACAUAAAGACAUUGUAAUUGUGGUGGUCAAAACAGUUUCAUUCAGUCUGUCUCCUGUGAUUAGAUAUUUUAUGUCAAUGGGAAAAUCUUCAUGUUUAUUUUUGCUCUCUCUUUUGUAGCCUGUACCUACAAAGUUUCAGAUCAGGACAACAUCAAUCCUUGAGGAGUAUGAAAUUAAGCAGGUGAGUUUUGUGUAAAAGUUGGUUGUAGUUGUACAUCACACUUCAUUGUUUUGCUGGCAAAUGCUUUAAAAUGCCAUAGCCAAGAGCAAAGUUACAUAUGGAACUAGGCAAAACGUGAUAAAUUUGACCCAAGUAUCUUUUUUGCCAUUCAGAGACUCUUCUCUGGCUGUGAGGGGCCCAAAUAUUGUUAGCCAAACAAGAAAAACAGGUGGAAAGCAGAUGACAGGAGAUCUAUCUGUCUAGUAACUGUAUUCACUCCUCCUCUUGUUCCUAGUAAAAUAGUGGUAAUUGUCCUUUUUUUCCUCUGUUGUAGGAGAUUGGAAGAGGGUCAUAUUCAGUAUGUAGAAAAUGUAUUCACAAAGUGUCUGGAGAGGAGUAUGCUGUUAAGGUAAGGACUGUGCCAUUUCAAAAAUCUCUUGAAAACUAUGAAGGAACUCUUUAGCGGGUAAGGGAGUUUGGCAAUUUAUUUUGGGGUCAGUUUUGUGCAGGACUUUUUUACCAUGCCUAUUAGCCUAUCACUGUAAUCAAAUUUUUCUGCCUUUUUUGUGUAAAUAUAUGACUAACAACCCUAUGGAAUAUGAAAAAAAGAUGAGGUAAAGUAAAGGUGAACACGAGUCAAAGGCCAGAGCUUAUCCCGGUUUUCUUAGCAUGAUGCAUGCCUAGGAGUAUUUCUACGUCCUCCUGGACGGGAUGCUAGUUCAUUGCAGGGUUCCCCUCACUCCCCGAGCAGUAUGUUGCUGGUACCCAUUUGCACACCUGGGUGAAGAGAGACAAAUUGGAGUAAAGUUCCUUGUCUAAGGAAAUAACCUGAUAGGUAAGACUUGAAUCCCAGACCUCCAGAUCUGGAGUGUGAGGUGUUAACUGCUCGGCCACUCAUGCCUCCACGAAAAAAAAAAAAAAAUUGUUUGCAUCAAUUCUGUUUGCAGGAAAUUUUUUUCCUGAAAUCAUCCUUGAACUCAGAAUUUUUUUCUGAAUUCUUCUCUCCACAAAUAUUCUAUGAAUUAUUUACUGAAAUCACCCUACUGCCUUUAACAGUCAAUUGAUUGCGGUAUAAGGGACAGAACAGUCAUGACCCCAAAUGUCAUCUGGAUUAAGUCCUGGUGUCCAAACCCUAUGUUAUUGUGGGUUGAGUUUGUCAUUGGCCAUUAAAUAAAGCAAUCAGUCCAGUUUCAGACAUUGAAUCUGCUGAUUUUUCAUUCAACAGGUUGUUGAUAAGAGUAAAAGAGACCCAACUGAGGAAAUAGAGGUAACAAUAACAACAACUGAUUUAAUGAAGAAUAUUUACCUAGUGCUAGGUGUUACUUUUCAGUGUCAGUGGGGAAUUAGAAAAAUGUGGUAUCUUCGACCUUAAUUUUUGUUUGGUAGGGAGAUGUAAAGAUGCAUGCAUCACUGCCAGUCUGUUUUAACCCUUUAAGCCGUUAUGUCCACAUGUAAAUUCUCCACACUGAGCUCCGUGUAUGUACUUCUCCUUAGCCGACGUGCAGUUGCACCCUCCCCCCUGACAAAGCAAAAACGGAGAGUGGGAGCAUGACUACAUCUCGCACGAAUCGUGUUAUGUGACAUCACUCUUAGCCUUUCGUAGAUGCUCCCUCUCUCUGUUUUUUCUUUGUCUGGGGGAGGGUUUGGCUAUACAUAGGCUAACAUUUCCUUAAAGAACAAGUGGAGAGGGUUUGAUAAAUGAUCACCGGAUUAUUUCUUGGAUGAUUAUUUUGUUAAUUCUCUUACCCUUUACCCUGAUUAUAUAUGGAUAUUGUGCGGAGAAAAUUGAUGUUGGUCACUCUUGAUGGGGGGUUAAGCAUAUUUUAACACAAGUAUUGGUUUUACAUGUCAUUGUUUAUUUGUUUUAGCUUAUGCUGACAUGCAGUGCUAUUUUUCAUCAGAUACUUUUGCGGUAUGGAAACCAUCCAAACGUUAUUCACCUGAGAGAUGUAAGUUCUCUAUUGAACAGAUAUGUUUUUCCCAUUCUCUCGUUACCCACUUUUCUUGACAGUAAAUCACAUUGUAUUGUUAGUUGUGCUGUUUCAUUCUUCUGAAAGAUUUGAACCCAGGAGUCAUUUCAUAAGUAGGUGAAGAAUGAUUGGGUGAUCUUAGUCCUGAAUAGGACUGUUGCUAACAGCAACUGAUAUUUCGACAACCUGUGCGGUAGUUACGGUAGUUAUCUCCAGAGUCAAAGUAAGUUAUACCCUGUCAGUUGAUGGUAUCAGGUCAGUAACUAGAGUUAAAUAUCAUCAACUGAUGUGAUACAACUCACUUUGACUCUGAAGAUUUCCACCACACAGGUUGUUAAAAUGUCAGUCACUGUCAACAACAGUCCUAUUCAAGAGUCUAUUCACCUGGACGAUCGUGCUCCACCUACUUAUGUUUCAUUUUUGUUCCCUUGUACUUUGGUACCCAGAAAGUGACUGUCGUUAGUCUUAUACUGUUUGAAGAAAAAAGAGAUGGACUUCCUUGGAAUUGCAAACAUUAACCUUUUAAGCCCCAAUAUCCACAUACAACUUCUCCAAACUGAUCUCUAUACAUUUCCUUAAAGAAUGAGUUCAGAGAAUAUAAUAAAAGAUCAAAGCAUUUCUAAUAGGUGAUCAAUUUAUUAAUUCUCAUAACCUGAUCUCUUGACAAUCUAUGGAUAUGGUUAGGAGAAAAUUGAUGGUGGUCACUACUGGGACUUCAAGGGUUAAGCUCAUGUAUCAUUGUUGUUCUCUUUGCUAGGUGUAUGAUGAUGGUAAAAACGUGUUCAUGGUCAUGGAGCUGAUGAGAGGAGGCGAACUCUUGGACAGAAUACUGAAACACAGGAGUCUUUCAGAAAGAGAAGCUGCACUGAUAAUGUACUCUCUUGCUAGCACAUUCGCAUUCCUUCAUGAGGNACUGAUAUUUCGACAACCUGUGCGGUAGUUACGGUAGUUAUCUCCAGAGUCAAAGUAAGUUAUACCCUGUCAGUUGAUGGUAUCAGGUCAGUAACUAGAGUUAAAUAUCAUCAACUGAUGUGAUACAACUCACUUUGACUCUGAAGAUUUCCACCACACAGGUUGUUAAAAUGUCAGUCACUGUCAACAACAGUCCUAUUCAAGAGUCUAUUCACCUGGACGAUCGUGCUCCACCUACUUAUGUUUCAUUUUUGUUCCCUUGUACUUUGGUACCCAGAAAGUGACUGUCGUUAGUCUUAUACUGUUUGAAGAAAAAAGAGAUGGACUUCCUUGGAAUUGCAAACAUUAACCUUUUAAGCCCCAAUAUCCACAUACAACUUCUCCAAACUGAUCUCUAUACAUUUCCUUAAAGAAUGAGUUCAGAGAAUAUAAUAAAAGAUCAAAGCAUUUCUAAUAGGUGAUCAAUUUAUUAAUUCUCAUAACCUGAUCUCUUGACAAUCUAUGGAUAUGGUUAGGAGAAAAUUGAUGGUGGUCACUACUGGGACUUCAAGGGUUAAGCUCAUGUAUCAUUGUUGUUCUCUUUGCUAGGUGUAUGAUGAUGGUAAAAACGUGUUCAUGGUCAUGGAGCUGAUGAGAGGAGGCGAACUCUUGGACAGAAUACUGAAACACAGGAGUCUUUCAGAAAGAGAAGCUGCACUGAUAAUGUACUCUCUUGCUAGCACAUUCGCAUUCCUUCAUGAGGAAGGGGUAUGUUUAACUUUUUUAUUAUACCUUAUAGUUGCUAUCUGUUUUCUUAUUGGCCUGUUCGCCUUGGAUACAUCACUGAGAUGAAUUGACCAACAGGGACUGGGAAAAUGCCGUACAGGGACUAGGUAAUGAGCACCAUAUACAGUGGUGAUCAUUCUAUAGAGUGCCUUUGAGCAUUGGAUACGAUUUUUUUAAAUUGUUUCAGCUAUAUCAGAUGACUUAAGCCACUUUUAAGAACUGAGCUACUAUUCAAAUAUUCUCAGUUUAGACAGAUAAAAGUGACUUGUUCAACCAAACCAACACUAUCAAGUUUUCUUUGAAGAGUGCAAUUUUUUGGUUUCCAAUAAAUUAUACCAAGGGUUCAUAGGGUAAAUUAGAUAUAGGGUACCAAUAAAUUGUUAAUUUCUUUCCCAGGGUCAAGGAUUAAGAACUUAAGCGGCAUGCAUACACCUGUUCUUAAUUAGUUGGGAGUACUCCUUAUGCCAUAAAAAUAAAUUCAUGUCUUGCUGUUGUUACAGGUUGUACACAGGGACUUAAAGCCAAGCAAUAUCAUGUAUGCAGAUAACAGUGGCACUGCAGAAUCACUAAGAAUAGUCGACUUUGGGUUUGCCAAGCAGAUCCGAGCAACGAACGGCCUUCUGAUGACACCUUGUUACACAGCAAAUUUUGUGGCCCCUGAGGUUCUAAAGAAACAGGGUUAUGAUGCUGCAUGUGAUAUCUGGAGUCUUGGUGUUCUAUUGUACACCAUGCUGGCUGGGUAAGUUACAAAGUGGUAUAGGGAACUUAAACCUUUCACUGCCAGAGUGAAUGAUGUAGUUUUGUGAGGUAGUUCUUACAACUGUACUUUUGAUUCUGUGGAUGAAAUCCUAUGGUGCUACCGCUCAAAUGAAACCUCUUUAGCAGUACUUUCACAUGGUACUAUUUAUUUGUCAUGUAGUUCUAACUUUUUUGUCUGUGGACAAAAUCCUAUGGAGUGACCAUUCAAAUGAAAUCUCUUAGGAAGCUCUUUCAUGUGGUGCUAUUUGUUUUUAAAAAUUUUAUGAAAUGAAAUUUGGGAUUUUUGUUGAAUUUGCCUUUGGUCACAUUUGGCAGGGAAAGGGUUAAGCAAUGCUGUUUUUGAGCAAUGCACGUCAACCGGAAGUGAGGCCUUUUCCCCUUUAAUUUGCCUUGAUGCUAGCUGCCAAAUGUGUUUAUAUUUGCUAAAUUUCUUACACUUAUAGAGACGAAUUGCCCAAAAAUUUAAGCAAAACCACGGGGCAAGAAUACAGAAAGUCUAUUUCCGGUAGAUGUGUAGUUGUGUAGCAGACUAGUAGAUGUGCAUCGCUAAAAAAUGUCUUCCUCAAGUUCCUUUAUGAUUCUUCACUAGUGGAACUGGUAAGGACGUGUAAUGUUUGGACUAGCCUGCAUUGCAACCGGCCCACGUAUCGCGUAAACCAUUGGUGUGGCUAUAAGCAGAUGGUUUAGGGUGUCUGCAAUGCAGGCUAAGAUGUAAGCCAUCGGCCAUUUUGAAGUUGUGCUCAUGAUCGGGUUGUUGAUGUGUUGAUUUGCGUUAUGAGGUUAUUUUAGUUUGCGAACUUUGACCCAUUUUCCCGCUGAACCACGUAAUUGGCAAUGAAAGAAGUGUCAGUGUCCCCAAAGCAAUCCCAUAAUGCAAUUCGACACAACACUGACCUUCCCAGUCAAACUGGUUUUAAUACGGCUUUUUUCAAGAUGGUGUUAUUUUGUUAUAAGUCACUACUAGAUUCCAUUUAGAUUAUUCCUUCUUAUUCAAAUUCGGUUUACUGUAAACAGUCCACAACAAUGCCUUAACUUCAGUUUCCAAACACAGAAAUUCCCCAAUUCCUAUUAAUAAAGCUUUUUGUGUUUACCUUGAAAACGUUCCAAAUAAUAGUUUGCAGUUGGUAAAACAUGCGUUAGAAAGAUUUUCUUGAACUCUUUGUAAAAUUACGCCCCAGCAUAUGAUUGCAUGUUAAAUCUUUAAAAUGUAUUCCUUAUCUCUCUCAUAGGCAAACGCCAUUUGCUGUUGGACCAGAAGAUUCCGCAGCGGUCAUCUUGGCGAGAAUAGGAGAAGGAAAGUAUUCCCUUGUUGGAGGGGCCUGGGACAGCAUGUCAGAUGUUGCCAAGGUAACUAAUUAUAUCAAUUGCUGGAUAUGUAAUUCGUUAUUUUCGUUCAGCCCUAUAAUUACUAAAUUUAUGGGAAUAUACUUAUUCAUAAUCAUGUUGCCUUUUCUUUAGGACUUGGUCAGACAAAUGCUUCAUGUAAACCCGCAUCUGCGACUAACGGCAAAACAGGUAAAAAAAAUUUUUUCACGGAAUUAAGAUACUUUAGUUAGCUUUUCGACGUGAUUCUAAAAGUGGGUUGAAUAGUUAUCUCAGGGAUUUCUUGGUUGAUUCUGGGUACGAAUUUGCGGAGUGAUUAAGUCAGUUCCUGUAACAGCGAUGGUGUAAUGUUAAACCGAAUCCGAACUUAGCACUUUUUCCAAUAGCAAGCGUCACCAGCAAUCCAAUGAACCACUCAGAACUCGGGUAAAAUACAUGUCGCGGGCAUUAAGCACGGGAAACGCGUGCAAGCGAGUCACAAGUUCUUUUGAUAUUACCUCUGAUUGGUUAAGAAAGUGGCGUGACUUUCUUUCAGCCAAUCACAAAUCGUUGCUAUGAAAACCCAAGCUAAUCGCAAAGAAAAAGAGUGCUGUCGGGGGAGGUUUCGACUCCGGAUUUAACCUUUUUUGCUGUUGAAGGCCCCUCUUACUCGAACUCCCAAGGGAAGCAAAUAACACUGUCGACACUCCCAGAAUUUGAUUUGCUGAGUUAAAUUUAUCGGAAAAUUAAGCAGAACGGAAAGUGCAGUUACUUCGUGUUUUCGGGGAGUUCAGGUUAACGAGGUUAUGCUGUAAUCUCGCUGCAUUGUCUUCUUGGAUGUUGACCUUGAUUUGCGUUUCACCAUACAGGUUCUUCAACAUCCCUGGGUUGUAAGCCGCUACCAGCUGCCUCAAAUCAGACUACACCAAGUUAGCAGUGUCUCAAGAAUCAAAGAGGCAGUAAAGGCGACCUUCUCCGCACUCUCUUCUCCUGACAACAAGAGGCUAAAGCCUGUUCAUGCCUCGCUGCUGGCACAGCGAAGAACCACCAAGAAAUCACCAAAAUGA